AUGUGGUCUAAACUUGGUUCCAACACAAACCUGCACAAUGACACUGGAUCAGCCAAACUUGCCAUCGAGAAUGUGACAACAGAAAAUUCUGGACAGUACAUCUGUACAGCAACACAUCUGGACACAACUAUGACUUCUUACGUCAAUGUGGCUGUGACUUAUACAAGAAAACCUCAGAUUACUGGGAACACAAUUAUGAAGGAGGGAGAUGAUCUAAAUCUGACCUGCAGUGUUGAAAGUUUCCCUCCAUCUCUCAUUAUGUGGUCUAAAUUGACUUCUGUCACAAACCUGCACAACGACACUGGAUCAGCUACGCUUGUCAUCCCUAAUGCAACCGCAGAAGAUUCUGGACAGUACAUCUGUACAGCUAAAUAUAUGAGUAACACUCUAAAAGAGGAAGUCCAUGUAACAGUGAUAUAUAAAAGAAAACCUCAGAUUAUCGGGACUACAACUGUUAAGAAGGGAGAUGUUCUGAAUUUGACCUGCAGUGCUGAGAGUUUCCCUCCAGCUCUUAUCAUGUGGAAAAAACGUAGCUCAAACACAAACCUUCUGAGUGGAAAUUACACUGACCUGCACAAUGGCACUGGAUCAUCUACAAUUGUCAUUCAUAAUGUGACAGCAGAAUAUUCUGGACAAUAUGUCUGCACAGCUAAAUAUCUGGACACAGCCAUUACUAUACAUGCCAGUGUGACCGUGACUUUGUGGUCGCGUAUGGAAAGAAACCUACCUGAGGGCAGCAAGUACAACAGGUGGGCUGCAGGAUGGGUGGAGUCUCUUGUGAUCUCCUCAGCUCUGAGGCAGUGGGAUGUAGAUGUGAAAGAGGGGAGGGGGCAGUCGAUCUUCUACGCUGUGUUGACCGCUGUGGAGUCUCUUCUGUUGAGUCUGGAUAAGAAAGAAAUUGCAAUCAGUGGUGUUACAACUGUUAAGGAGGGAGAUUUUCUGAAUCUGACCUGCAGUGUUGAAAGUUUCCCUCCAUCCAUGAUUGUGUGGUCUAAACUCGGUUCUGACACAAACCUGCACAAUGACAAUGGAUUAGCUUCACUUGUCAUCUCUAAUGCAACAGCAGAACAUUCCGGACAGUACAUCUGUGCAGUUACAUAUAUGGACAAUUCCCUGAAGAAGGAUAUCAGUGUCACAGUGAUUUAUAACAGGGCUGCUCAGAUCAUUGGGAAUACAACUGUGAGGAAGGGAGAUGUUCUGAAUCUGACCUGCAGUGCUGAAAGCUUUCCUCCAUCUGUGAUUGUGUGGUCUAAAUGUUGUUCUAACACAAAGCUGCACAAUGACACUGGAUCAGCUACACUUGUCGUCCAUAAUGUGACAUCAGAACAUUCAGGGCAGUACAUCUGUACAGUUAAACAUCUGGACACAACUCUGAAAUCAUAUGUUGAUGUAACUGUGACUUGGCAUGCAAAGAUACAGAAUGGCUCAGGAUGUGUGCUUCAGUCUGAGGGUUUGACCUGUGUGUGCAUCAGUGAAGGCUUUCCUUUACCUAACAUCAAAUGGCCUCUGUUGAAUCACCACACUGAGUACUCUGUCAUUACUAGUGUAUCAAACCACACAGUCAACAGCACUGUCAGUCUCACUGUAAAAAACCAUGGCAACAGCACUGUUGAAUGUGUUAGCAACAAUGGAAAUGGAGAAGAAAGAGAGAACCUGCUGAUCAAUAACAACUUGUCCAAAAAAGAUGAGCCAUCAUCGGGUCUUAGGUGGCGAUUUCUGGAAAUUAUCAUUGCAUUUUUGAUUGGUGCAGUUCUUUCCUCAGGUGUUUGCUUUUUGGCCAAAAGGUGUUACAGGAAAGAAAUGACGAGUUCUGGACAUUUGAAUGACACUUUUGUGAUGCUGACACGUCCAGAUGACCCACUGAUAUAUGAUGGUCAAGCAUUACAAAACAACCAGACCCUGAACUCAAACAGUGGGACAAACGAAGUGAAAUAUGCCACCAUUGAUUUUUCCCUGUUAAAAACACACAGCGGCAGAAAGGCAGCAAGGAUGCGAGAAAGCACAAAGACGGAGUACGCUGAAAUCAAGAGGAUAAUAAAAAAAGAACAAGAAAAUGAUGGUGGAGACGACGGUAAAAUGUUGGAGGGGGAGAUGAAACACUGUGAACCAGAAAAGAAGGAUGAGGAAGAUGAGGCAGUGUACUCCACUGUGAAUGACAUAAUAGAUGAUAAUACACUUCUUCCCUGGAUUGUUGCCGGUGUAUCUGUCACUUUGAAUGCCUUCUGCAUAACCUACAUAUGGUUCCUUUGGAAUUCAAGAAAAAAGGUGAACCUACAUCAGGAGGAGAGAACCUACAUGUCACUGCAAAAAGCAGAUGUAUCAUCAGAUUAUGAUGUUAUUGCACACCAUAUAAACUAA